AUGACCAAAGGUGGAUUCAACUUACGUUCAUGGGCAUCGAAUUGUACAGCACUUAACGAUUUAGCUACAUCUCAAAACGUUAACGAUGGAGAUAAAUGUAUUAAAGUUUUAGGAUUACGAUGGAACACCAAAGAUGACCGUUUUAGUUUUGGAUUCAAACCAUUGUCUAUGCUACCAGAUUAUCAAAUCACAAAACGAGAAAUACUAAGAAGAUCGUCAAAAAUCUACGACCCACUUGGAAUUCUAAGCCCAGUUACAGUGCGUAGCAGCAAGAUACUAUUGCAGGAUUUAUGGACACAGAAACUAGGGUGGGACGAACAAAUACCUGAUGCAAUUAGACCGCAGUGGCAUUCUAUCGAUCAAGACUUGAAAAAAUGCACAGAGAUUGAAUUUUCGAGACGUUACUUUGAAAAUAUGGACACUGCCGAUGAACCUACCUUACAUGUAUUUACCGAUGCAAGCGCAGUAGCGUACGGCGCUUGUGCGUACUUAGUAAAAGGGGAAGAGUCUAACUUUGUCAUGGCUAAAAAUAGAGUGGCACCUUUGAAAAAGUUGACUAUACCACAACUUGAACUUAUGGCAGCAUUAGUCGGAGGACGGUUAACGUCACAUAUAAUGUCAAGUUUACGGAACGUUAAAAAGUGUGUACUAUGGAGCGACAGUCAAAUUAUUUUACACUGGAUAUCUUCAAGGAAGCAACUUAAAACCUUUAUAGCAAACAGAGUUAUCGAAAUCAAAGAGCUCACAUGUGAACAUAGCUGGAAAUAUUGCCCUACAGAACACAACCCUGCUGAUUUAUUAUCACGUGGUUUAUCGUAUGAACAAUUGAAAAAUAACAAACUAUGGAUGCAUGGUCCGGACUGGUUAACAAACGAGAAACAAUGGCCGAAUGAGUUUCAAAUCGACAAUAAAGUGAUGACCACAACUUGUAAGGACUAUGAGAAUCAAGAAACGCAAGAUGACAUUAUACGGACGAAGAACAACGUAUUGAACAUAAUCAACGUUGAUAGAUACCAUUCAUUCAACAAAACCGCGCGUAUCUUAGGUUACGUACAGAAAUUCAUAGAUAACUGCCGUAAUACAGCUCCUAAUACUAGAAGACUGACCACAACAUAUCUAACACCACAUGAUAUACAUAAUGCAACAAUGAAGUUAAUUGAAGCUGUGCAACACGAAAGAUACAGUGAUGUUUUUGAAAGCCUAUGUACAAAGUCAACGCAUAGUUUGAUACGUCAAUUACGUUUGUAUCUGGACAAAGACGGAUUAAUACGAUGUGGUGGACGCAUUAAUAACGCACCACUUCCAGAGAAUGCAAAAUUCCCGUUUUUAAUACCAACAAAGCAUAGAUUAACAAAACUACUUAUAAAUGAUAUUCACAUUGAAAAUUUACAUUCCGGCAUAGGAGCUACCGUAACUUAUUUGAGGCAAAAAUAUUGGAUACCUUCAGCACGACAAGAAGUUGGAUGCGUAAUUCGAAAAUGCGUAAGUUGUCGAAAAGUAACAGGAGUUGCAUACAAAGCACCAGAUCCUCCACCUCUACCAAAAGAUAGAUUAUCGUCCGAAGAACCAUUUACUAUAUCAGGCGUCGAUUUCAGUGGUGCGCUUAACAUCAAAGGAGACGAUGGACUACUUCGAAAAGUAUAUAUAUGUUUGUUUACAUGUGCCAAUACUCGAGCUAUUCAUCUUGAAAUAGUUCCAGAUAUGACUGAAAAAUCGUUCAUGCUCGCUUUUCGUAGAUUCAUAAGCAGAAAAUCGAUACCCAGAGUUAUGAUAUCAGACAAUGCUACAACAUUUGUUGCCGCCGCGGAGGAAAUACGUAAGUUAACGGACUCUAAAUCUUUACAUGACAAAUUGUGCCAAUUUGGAACCACAUGGAAAUUCAUACCAAAACGUGCUCCAUGGUACGGCGGAUUUUGGGAAAGACUGGUUGGACUAACUAAAAAUUGUCUAAAAAAGAUUCUUGGACGCGCAUGUAUAGAUUUACCUCUGUUACAGACAUUAGUGGUGGAAAUUGAAGCUAACCUUAACAAUAGACCGCUUACCUAUAUAUCGUCGGACAUUGCCGAUCCAGAGCCGCUUACCCCGUCGCAUCUAUUGUAUGGAAGACAAAUUAAAUCUUUCCCGUAUCCAUUAUAUACAGAUGAAACAGACAGUUAUAGUGCCGAUUUAACAACCAAUCACGAAACUAUGAAUGAUCAAGCGAAAAGGAGAUUCCGUCUUAUUGAACAAUUUUUAGCAAGAUGGAAAUACGAGUAUUUGACCUCCUUACGUGAAUUUCACCGAGUGUCUGGAAAUAACAAUCAAAGUGUAAAACAAGGAGAUGUAGUCCAGAUAUAUGAUGAUAAUUCUCCACGUACGACUUGGAAACUCGGUGUUAUUGAAGAACUUACAUACGGAAACGAUAACCUUGUGCGAUCUGCGACGGUCCGAACAUCUAACUCUAAACUAAACAGACCAAUUGUCAAGUUAUAUCCUUUGGAGAUUUGUGAAUCCGACUCAAUUACUACACAGACGGAAAGAUAUCCGCGAAGAGCCAAGACAGAUGCCGUAGAGAAAAUCAGAGAGUGUUUAAAGUGA